CAGUGGAUUGAAGCUGCUGCAGAAAGCUUAAUAGUAGGGCUUUUAACAAGGUAGACCUGAUUAAAAAGGGGAAAUGGUGACAGCAAUGUCAUCUCUGCUGUCCUUUUUUGAAAUGGAUGUAGCAAGCAGAAAAAGCAGUAACAGAGGGCAAGAAAAAGCAUGGGGGAGGGCUAGCAGAAGAGUUUCAGAGAAAGCUGAUGGGGAAAGAGUUGCAACACUUGAACACCAAACAAGUCAGUGAGAGAGAGCCCUUGAAACCUCUUGUCUCUCUAGCUGCAGGCUACCCCUGCGUGCGUGCUGGGUUUUGCUGGCGUGGCUGGGGAACACCGUGUGAUGAUGAAGCCUUUCCUGAGCCAGGCAGGUGCUCCAGCAAAGGCAGGAUGACUCGGCUGCCUCUGCCCUGCCCUGUGUGCCCUGUGCAAUGGCUUUUGCUUACAGAGCUGCUCUGGUGCCAAGGCUGUGUCUGCGUAGCAGUGACAGAUCUAUCCAUGGGUGGCACGUCCUGUGCGCUUCGGCUUCUCGCUGUAGGUCUGACGUUUUGUGGAGAGUGUUGCAAGGUGAGGUGGAAGCUCUGAGCCCUGAGUUACAGCCUGCAAAUGCCUCAGUAGCUCUCAGCAGUGCUGUGGGCUUCAAGUGUGUGAUAUGAUUCUGGCUCAUGAAUAAUUCCCAAGGUAAAAGCCAGGCAUGUAAGGAGCAGACUGUGCUGUCCAAGUGCUGUGCACAGAGUUACUGUGUUUGCACACCUCAUUAAGCAAGAGGGAUGCAACAUUUGAGUGGGGCAGACCUAUGUGUGGGUAAUGUUCCCUCCUCUGGUCCAAGGCAGGAAAAUCCAGCUUGGCUUCAAACAGUUUUUGCUGUUGUUUGUAUUAAAACAUGACAAAGAUGCAGUUAGUAUGUCUCUCUAUUUUUUUUUCAUCCAUUUGUCAGCUGAGUGUAACUACUGUGUGGGUUUUCUUCCUGGUUUGCUUAUUCAAUGCCUGUGGAAAGAAUAUUGAGUAUGCUGGAUAGCCAUAAAUGCAACUCCAGUCCUAAACUGGAGUUCUGGGUAUCUGAUUUGGAUAAGCACCCAUUUAAUGUGCUCUUAUGGCAGCUGUAGUCAUAUUUCACCACAUGUAUAUAAAAGUAAUACCAUGUUUUACACAUCUCAAAGAAACUGUGGGGAUAUCCUGGGUAUGAUCAGGGCACGUAUGCCUUCAGAUUCUUCUUUUAAAAGCUCACUUCCAACAAUACAUUCUGAGCUCUUUAAAUAUGAAACUGAUGUUGAAUUAGUGGUUGUUCUGAAAAAACGCAGCUGGAAUUAAUGCAAAUGAUUAGGUGGUAUGUAGCACACUCUUGCAAUGGAAAUGGAGUCUAUUAUUAGGCAGCCUGAUAUGUGUGGAAAUAUGAUUAGUGAUCUGUAACAGUUUCCUGAUGUAACCCUACCCAGCAGUGAGGAAAGAGCCCUGACUGUUAUUUUAUUUGCCACUUCAAGCAAUAUGUGCUAGGACUCCUUGCCCCAGCCAGCUGAGCACUGUGAUUUUAUUUAUCUUGUCUUUAACUGGUAAACAAGACCCAAGAUUUUAAUGUUUUGAUUUUACUUUUCUAGUUUUGCAGGGCUCCUUUCCAAGAAGAUAUUUCCAGAGAUGCUGGAACUUACAUUUUAUCUGAGAGCCUUUCCUUCUGUCUUCAUGCUUCAUUAAAAUCACAAACCCAUAGGUUCAAAUGUGUUUUAGAAGGUGGCAGGACAGGUACGAUGUGAUAAUCUGUGCCUUAUUUGCUUGAAAAGUAGGUCAUCAGCAUUCACAGAGUGGUGUAGGGGUAGGUAAACAGUUCUGCCAUGUAGAAUUCUGGAUUGUCUUGAGUUUUAUAGUCCCUGACAAACAGAUCUGGAACAGAUGAAAUGAGAUGCUUAAGUAAUUACUCUUUAUUGUACAAGAUAAAGCUAUUGUUUAUUACAUAAAUUAUUCAGUUACUGUGGAGUCAGUCAUGAAUAGAACAUUUAUCUUCUUUUUUGCAGAUCCUAUGGAAGUUUAUAAUAGUUGCCGAAACACAAGACAAAUGAAACUGUGAAAUAUUAUUAGAUUUAAAGUGUACUCUGUGCCUUGCUAAAUUGAUGGGCUUUAUCAUUAGCUGCAGAAAGAGAUUACAUUCCUUUGGUGGCUGUUAAUUUUUCUACAUCAUGCUGAUCCUGGAUUCCUGCAUCCAGCACUGACAUUGAACAAUGUGCUGAGUAAGAGCUAUAAAAAUUGAUGGAGAUGUUUGCAUCGCAUUAAACUGACAUGGAGGUUCAAUGAAGUUGAAGAGUGAAGUUAAAGACGUCUCAGUCUUCAUACAAGAAAAAGUCUUUUUUUUUGGAUGAAGCAAUCAUUCUCUUCUAUACAAGUUAGGCACACAACAAAUAAGGUUUCACCAGAGCUGCAGUUCAGCAGAGAAGGAAGCACAUUUGGUGUUCCUCUGGAAACCCUUGUAGAGGACGCAGAGGAAUGUGGGGUUCCUUCUCUUGUGACACAGAUGGUGGAGUACCUAGAGGUAUUUGGUCUGGAGCGUGUCGGUAUAUUUCGGGUUGGUGGCUCAGCAAAUAAAAUCAAGGAACUGAGGCAGAAGUACAAUCAAGGGGAAAAAGUAGACCUUAUUAAUGAUGGAGAUGUUGAUUCUGUGGCCAGUCUCCUGAAGCUCUUUCUGAAAGAACUACCAGUGGCUGUUUUUCCAGACAAUAUUUGUUCUGGCUUGUUAAAAACUUUCCAAGAGCACAAAAUCAACACAACAGAAUGCAUAGAGAACCUGAGACAGUUGCUCAGCUGCCUGCCCAAAGCCCAUCAAAACCUUCUCCAGUUCCUGUCUGCUUUCCUGUUAAAGGUAGCAACCUACAGUGCAGUGAAUUUCAUGACUCUGGAAAACCUGGCCAUCGUGUUUGGACCUGCUCUGUUCAAGAUUCCUGUCAGUCCCUUGGCUUGUGAAGAACAAAGGCUUUACAAUGGCCUCCUGCUGUAUUUGCUCCAACACCAAGAGAUGCUUUUUGUUGGCCUGGACCCUUGCUUCUCACACAGACAAGCAGAUGGCCUUCAGGCGAGCAACACAGAAGAUGUAGAAGAGGACAGAUUUACAUUGCUAAGCAUUCAGGAUAAGUCCUUCAACACGACAGCUUUAGCAGAGUGUGACGGGUAUUCAGACUCUGUGCAUGAAGAUCAAGCAGGCAGCUCCAGUCCCAGAGAUGAUGAUAACAAAGAAAAUUACCCGGACAACUCUGCUGUCUUAGAGGAAAGGCAGCUGCCUUUGCAAGACACCCAGCAGCACAAGCAGCAGGUUUUAAAUGACUGUGCUCUAAAGCCUGAAAUGGGCAACUUAAAGCUGAGGAAACCUAAGCCCAUUGCAAAGCUAGAAAAUGGAAAAAGCCAUGAGGAAAGUCAGGAGCUGGAAUGUGCAUUGCCAAGCCUCUCAGAGUGGCAGGGGAAGGCUGGAUCCUCAGCUAAUAACUAUGCACAGAAUGUGGCUUUGAAAUGCCAGGAAGCAGUCGUGAGAAUCCAGCCAAGAAUAGAUCAGAGCACAAGCAUUUCACCAAAAGAAGCAACUGAUCAAUUUAACAGCUUAAAUGAGAAUUCUUUGUUGAAGCUGCAAGCCCUGGAAACUGAUCUGUGCUCUGCGUUUCUGCCAGCCCAGGAGGAAACUCCCCAGCUGCCGGCACCCAAGGACACAGCCCCUUCUCCAGCCCAAAGCAGCGUGCAAGCUGAUGGGGCCAGUUGUGGAGAGCAAUAUCACUUCAUUUCUCCUAUUAUUGAUUUUAAUUUAAUGCAUCAGCAGAGAGAUAGCGAAGAGCCUGUGCCAGCCCACAGGGACUGGCAGAAUGACAUGGAGAGCAGCCCACAGGAGCAUCACUCCCUAGCGACCAGCCGACUGCUGUAUCACAUCACAGAUGGAGACAAUCCUCUCUUGUCACCACGCUGCUCUAUCUUUAGCCAAAGCCAGAGAUUCAAUCUAGACACAGAGUCUGCCCCUUCUCCACCAAGUGCUCAACCUUUCAUGAUGCCAAGAAGUUCUUCCAGGUGUAGCUGUGAAGACUGCAAAGAACCACAGACAGUAACACAGCUUACCAAGCAUCUUCAGAGCCUCAAGAGAAAAAUUAGGAAGUAUGAAGAAAAGUUUGAGCAAGAAAAAAAAUACCUGCCUUCUCAUGGUGAUAAGACUUCCAAUCCUGAAGUUCUGAAGUGGAUGAAUGCUCUGGCCAAAGGUCGGAAGCAGCUCAAAGAGCUGAAACUCAGAAUGUCAGAAGAGCAGAACUGUACCUCCACAGGGCCCCAAAGAAAUGAGCACUGUGAAGGCAGUGGCACCUCUAAAGAGGCUGGCACACAGGAGGCCACAAGCAUGGAGCCAGCUCCCUCAGUGGAGGAAACCAUGGAUAGUGUGUUGAGACGACUAAAGGAGAAAAGACAACACUUCAACCUUCCUGAGACUAUUAAGGAUAUGACAAAAAAGCAAAUGGCUUUGGAAAAAAUCAAUCUUCAGAAAUGUCUACUAUAUUUUGAGAGUAUUCAUGGACAGCCUGUAACUAAGCAAGAAAAGAGUCUCAUGAAACCUCUUUACGACAGAUACAGAAUUAUCAAGAAACUUCUGGCUGCUCCAUCUUUGAUCACAACAAUUCAGGAGGAAGAAGACUCAGAUGAAGACCGUUCUCAAAGCAGCCAUGAGUUAUCAUCUGGCCCAAUGUCUUGCUUCCCUGUUGAAGAGCACCUGUGUUAUUCACAGGAGGAGAGUGAGCCUGCACAUAUUUCACCUCUGGAUGAAAAGAAAGUUUACAGACAAACAGCCUUGUCAAUGUCCAAUUUACAUGAGGCAACAAUGCCAGUUCUUCUCGAACAUCUCAGAGAAACAAGAGCUGAUAAGAAGAGACUUCGCAAGGCUCUUCGAGAGUUUGAGGAGCAGUUCUACAAACAGACAGGAAGGAGUCCUCAGAAAGAAGAUCGGGUGCCAAUGGCUGAGGAAUACUCUGAAUACAAGCACACAAAAGCCAAAAUCAGGCUUCUGGAGGUUCUCAUCAGUAAGCAUGAUAUUUCCAAAACAAUUUGAAGUGAAUGCAAUGCUGUGAUAUUGUUCUCUAGGAAAAAAAAAAAAAAAAAAAAAAAAAAAAAGAGAGA